AUGAAUCCCUCACCGACUAAAGGCCGCGUGCAGCCCGAAGAACCGUCCCCGGAACGACAGGAGCCAAGUCGGAGGCCCCUAACCUCAAACGUCACUUCGGACGAGCAGCCACACGACUCCGAACGAUUGCUCGUCGGGCCUCCGGCGUCGAGACUCCAUCCCGGUGGAUAUCCCUCGUCGUCAGAACACCGACACGGGCCCCCGAGAAAAAGCCACGAGCGAGCCGUUGGUCGUAGUACACCCUCCGGCCACGGUGGCGCCACUCAGCCGUACAUCGACCCGUGGAGCCCCGCGCGGAUCCGAGAUCGAAGACCGGGUUAUGCAAUUCGCCACCGUGGCGCCUAUAAUCAGCCCCGUGACGAGAGGCGCCACACCGAGGAUCAAGAAUCUAUUAAGUGUCGUGACGUCACCACACCACACGCCAAUCCAGCCCCGAGUUCAAGCCCUGUUCCUCUCCCCGCCCUGCCCCUUGCCACCGAAUACUCCGCGAUGCGCGGAAUAACUUAUCGCCAUUGGACCUCCCAUCGACGCGCGCAUCGAUUAAUUAUCGAUCAACAUUGCGCAACAAGGAAGAAGAUUGCGGAAGCCGGCAGGAGACAUCACUUCUUCACGACUCGGCGUGCGUACCGUGGCUCUCCGUAUUUCCCCAGCGAACUCAAUUAUUACGAGCGAAAUUAUACGACGACCAGAGCUUUUCCCCGGAUUAUUGAAUUGAUUGAUUGUUGGAUUGUCGAUACCGGAUUGUUUUUCGAUUGUCGUCUUCGACCUAUCAAAGUCGCUGCCGCCACUCUAGAUUUUUUGUUCAUCGAGAAUUUUUUCCGCUGCCGUGUCGUGUUAGUAAAUAACACCCGAAGUGUAUUUAUCCGCACACGAGCUUUGGAGAAAACGCUGAAGCAUUACACGCUCCUCAUACAGCAGUACUAUGGGGACCUCAAAGCUGGGACGCAUCUGAGUGCUCGCGAAAUCAAAGCGGGUGUGAACUGUGUUGUGUCGACGCCCUGGAGCCCUGCAGUAUACCGUGGCGAAGUCAUAAAUAUUGACAGCUACGGAUGCGUCGAGGUCUAUCUCGUGGAUUUCGCCGAGAGCGCCUUUUACGAUAUGAACAGUUUGUAUGAACCCGUAACGCUUUUGACCGUCAUACCGGCGCUUCUUAUAGAGUGCGCUAUUGAAGAAACUUUGAAAACAACAACCCGUUCCCAAUUCAUUCACACGGGUGAUGGGCUAAAUGAUCGAAACUUGGUGUGGUGUGAAGUCGACACAGCGUUUGGAAAUCGUGUGCUAACCGGUGCUGUAAUUAAUAAAAAUUACAUCGAUCCACGAAAAUUCCUUCAAGACUCAUACGACUUGGUGGCAUUGCAAGUGGUGGACAAUAUUUCCAAACAUAGCAGCAUAAAAGUUAAUACCGAAUUUAAUGGCGAGUUCACGGUGAAUGGCAGGGAGCGACACAUCAAUUUGCUGUACAUAGAAGAUGUGAUGGGUACAAAUGUGGGACACUUCGCAUGGAUUAAAAAUCUUUCCCAUUUAGUGAGCAAGCAACUGAAUACUCACAAUGGUCGAAAAUACAUCUGUGAUCGAUGCCUGCAUUAUUUUUCAUCUCAUGAGAAGCUCCAAUCACAUGAGGUGGAUUGUGGCGAGAUGAAUAAUUGCGCGAUUCUGCUGCCGAACGCACAUGACAAAUGGUUGGAAUUCAAGAACGUGAAUCGAAAGGAGCUUCUACCGUUUAUCGUGUAUGCCGACCUCGAGUGCAUUUUGAAAAAAACCACGGCUGAAGAUAUGGACCGCAAUAAAUAUCAACAUCACCAAGUCUUCAGCGUGGGAUACUACGUCAACUGCUCGUAUGACGAAUCAUUGUCAGGGUAUCACACACAUCGGGGCGAGGACUGCGUUCAAUGGUUCGUACGUAGAUUAGAACAAUUGGCGAAACAAGUAGCAACCAUUUUAUAUACCAUUAUUCCGAUGAAUGAAUUGACUCCUCAAGAAUGGCGAAAAUUCCGAGAAAAUAAGGAAUGUCAUAUCUGUGAGAAAUCAUUCGUAGAGUAUGAUGUUCGAGUACGCGAUCAUUGCCAUUUAACAGGCAAAUUCAGAGGUCCAGCGCACCAGGACUGUAAUUUAAAAUAUCAAGAAUCAUUCUUCAUCCCCAUAGUUUUCCAUAAUUUGUCGGGCUAUGAUGCUCAUUUUAUUAUAAAAGAAGUAGCUACAGCGUUUGAGGGAAAAACCGAUUUACUACCCAUAACGAAAGAAAAGUAUAUUUCUUUUUCGAAAACCGUUAUAACUUCGAAGGAUUAUAGGAAAAAUAUUAAGUUGCGCUUCAUUGAUUCAUAUAGAUUUCUGAACACAAGUCUUGAUAAAUUGGCAUCUUUCUUGACUCAUGAUCAACUCACGGUUUUAAAAUCUGAAUUCCGAGAUACCGAUAACUUCAAUCUGCUAACGCGAAAAGGUGUAUUCCCAUACGAGUACAUCGAUAGUUUUGACAGACUGGAGGAAACGGCACUUCCACCGCGAGAAUCAUUCUAUAGUUCUUUAACCGAUUCAACGGUAUCGGAAAGUGAGUAUGCUCAUGCUUUAACCGUUUGGGAGCGGUUUUCCACUCAAACGCUUGGCGAAUACAGUGAUUUGUAUUUGAAAACCGAUGUUUUAUUACUAGCUGACAUUUUUGAAAACUUUCGUAACACCUGUUUGAAAAGUUACGGUCUUGAUCCCGCAUAUUAUUAUACACUUCCUGGAUACACCUGGGAUGCAAUGAUGCGAUACACAAAGAUCAGAUUCGAAUUGCUCACAGAUAUUGACAUGGUCUUAUUUGUAGAAAGGGGCAUUCGGGGGGGUCUAAGCCAAUGCAGUGGUAGAUAUGCCCGCGCCAAUAAUAAAUACAUGCCAUCGUAUGAUCCAUCAGAACCGUCCACGUUUUUAAUGUAUUAUGAUGUUAAUAAUUUAUAUGGAUGGGCAAUGAGCCAAGCAUUGCCCUACGAUCAGUUUGAGUUUAUUGAAAAUGUUGAGAAUUUCGAUGUAGAAUCGAUUCCAUUGAAUGGUACACAUGGUUAUCUGCUUGAGGUCGAUUUAGAAUAUCCAGAAGACCUACAUGAUAUCCAUAGUGAUUUACCAUUCUGUCCGAGCCACGAAAAACCUCCGGGUAAACAGCACGAGAAGCUCAUUGCUUCACUGCAGGCGAAAAAGCGGUACAUCAUUCACUAUCGCGCAUUACAGCAAUGCUUAAAACACGGUGUAAAACUCAUGAAAAUACAUCGGAUUUUGAAAUUUAGGCAAUCAUCAUGGCUUCAGAAAUAUAUCGACCUGAAUACCCAGUUUCGAACAAAUGCCAAGAAUGAGUUUGAAAAAAAUCUGUUUAAACUAAUGAACAAUGCGGUUUUUGGGAAAACGAUGGAAGAUGUUCGAAGUCAUGUUCAAGUGAAACUUUUGACGGAAUGGGCAGGAAGAUUUGGUGCCGAAGCCAUGAUUGCGAAACCCAACUUUCAUAGCCGUAGUAUUUUCGCUGAAAAUUUAAUUGCUGUAGAGCUACGGAACUUGCAGGUCAAGUUUAAUAAGCCGAUAUACGUUGGAAUGUCAAUUCUAGAUAUAUCGAAAACAUGUUUGUAUGAGUUUCAUCACGAAUUCAUGUCUCCGAUAUAUCAGAAUAAAUGUAAAAUAUUGUACACUGACACCGAUAGUUUAAUAUAUCACAUUGAAUGUGAUGAUGUAUAUAAUGAUAUGAAGAACAAUCUUAAUAAGUAUGAUACAAGCGAUUAUCCCAUCGAUAAUAAAUAUAAUAUACCGCUAGUUAAUAAAAAAGUACCCGGUCUCAUGAAAGAUGAGAAUAACGGGGCUAUUAUGACCGAAUUCGUGGGACUUAGAUCAAAAAUGUACGCAACACGAGUUUUAGGUAAGAAUGAUGUAAAAAAAGCCAAGGGUGUUAGUAGUAAUGUUGUAGCGCGAACUAUAACUUUCGACGAUUAUACUAAAUGUUUGAAUGAGGAAAUUGAGAUGAAACGCACUCAAGCAUCGAUUAGAUCUACUUUACACAAUGUAUAUACUAUUAAGGAAACAAAAAUAGCUCUAAGUCCGCAUGACGACAAGCGCUACAUUAUUCCUGGCACAGUGAAUACUUUGCCAUGGGGUCAUCGUGACAUUCCAUAAUGUCUUUGAAAGCGAUGUAAAUAAGUAUGAGUGGGUGAGAGCGAGAGAGAGUUUGUACAUUGGAAGUGAAAUAAAAAAAAAAAAAAAUC